GCCGCGUUGCCAGGCAACCGCCCUGACGCAACGCAGAGAAAACCACGUCUCUUCAAAAGAACAGUGCCGAGGAUCCACAAGAGGCGGGAGAAGCCAGCGCCAGCAAGGAGCAGGCGGCGGGGAUCAGGCGCCAGCGCCAGCGCCAGCGCCAGCGCCAGCAGCAGCACGACCGCGCGGAUGCCUCCUGCGCCCAAGGUGUGUAAAUGGAAGCUUUGACCUCUGAGUAGAGCUGCACCUGUCAGCAAACUAGCUUCGAGGGGUGAAGGUCCCCAGGAGAAUUCAGGGCCCUGCGCUGCCUGCGCUGCCUGCUCGCCCUGGAUCUGCUCUGUGCACCCCCAGGACGGGUGGAUCUUGGCAAGCGCUAUCUUCACAGAUUCCUGCCGUCUUGUCUGUUCCUGCCUCUGCCACACAUUGCACUCUCAGGAUUCCGGGAGUAAUCCUAGACCCCAGGCCCCACAGCUGGUGUGAGAGCCCCAGGACCUACUCUGAGCCCAGCCCCACCCCAGCUGGAUGAGGCCGGCCAGACCAGGCUCCAGCCUCGCCCGCUGCCCUCCACGCCCUCCCAUGCGUGGCUGCUGUGACAGGCGCUAGAAUGUCUGUGCCCCAGAUCCGAGUGGAUGAAGUGGGCGAGGAUGAGGGGCUGGCGGGAGCAGCUGCCCCUCCCGAUGACCACCUCCGCAGCCUGAAGGCCCUGACUGAGAAACUGAGGCUGGAGACCCGCAGGCCAUCCUACCUGGAGUGGCAGGCCCGGUUGGAGGAUCAGACGUGGUCCUUCCCCAGGCCAGCCACGGAGGAGGAGAGCACGGAGCAGGCAGAGUGUGGAGCUGGGGAGCCUCCGAUGGCCCAGAGAGAGGCAAGCGAGCAUCUGCCGCCUCCUGAGGACGCCAGCCAGGGCGAGGGUGCACUGUGCGCAGGCAAGCUGGAGGGCUUCCAGAGCAUCGACCAGGCCAUCACUUGGCUCAGGAAGGAACUGGCAGAGAUGAGGCUUCAGGACCAGCAGCUCGCCAGGCAGCUCAUGCGCCUGCGCGGCGACAUCAACAAGCUGAAGAUAGAGCAAACCUGCCGCCUGCACAGAAGGAUGCUGAAUGACGCCACCUAUGAGCUUGAGGAGCGGGAUGAGCUGUCCGACCUCUUCUGCGAAUCGCCCCUGGCCUCUUCCUUCAGCCUCUCUACACCGCUCAAGCUCAUCGGCGUCACCAAGAUGAACAUCAACUCCCGGAGGUUCUCCCUUUGCUGAGGAGCCAGAGCUGAGGGCGGGGAGGGGAGCUGCACCGCCCUGGAGUUACCUCCUGGCAGCCAAAACAAGGCCCCUGGACCUGGUGGGAGGUGCCCUCAGGGGCUCCAGCUGGGGUCUCAGUGUCUCCACAACCAGGUCCCCGCAGGACCCAUCUCCUCCCUCUCUCAGUGGCCCGCAUUCCUGUGUCCUGGUCAUUGGUGCUGUGAACUGGGAUCCCUCUACAGGGCUCCCAGAACUUGGGUCCUCCUAGGAGGCUCCCCAGGGGUGUGGGAGAUGAGAGGGCCUAGUAGGCCAGUGCUGUGCUGCUGCCACCCAGGUCCUGGCUCUAAGUAGGUGAUGAAGCAACCUUGACAUGGACCCCCCGGGCCAGAACACCAAUAAAGAAGAGUGGCUCUAGCUGGCGGCUGGGCCGGGCUCCCCGCAGCCUUUCAUCUUGGCUCCUCCUGGCCUUGGUCAUCUUUUCCAGAGUGGCCUGGGAGUGUGGUGCACACACACAGCAAGUGCAGACACGUUCCAGUCUCAGCCACCAGCACUGUCACCCACAUCCCCCAGUGGCACCUGGCAGGCUGGGAACUGAUUCCUGUGACCAAAGUCUCUAGGAUGGGCACAGCUCUGAUAGUGCCACCCACAUCAGCUCGUUGUGUCCCACUCCUGAAGAGACAUCACCAGGGGACCAAUGAACCACCUUUAACCCUGUGCCUGAUCUAGACCGUUGCUCUGUGUCGCUAACUGUUGGAUUCUUGUCCAGUUGAGUAGGUCAAGCAGCAAGUCUGGGCUUUGGCUGUCCGAGUCCCUGGUGUCAGUGCGGUGAGAGCUAGGUCUGGGUCUGACACCAAUCUGUGCCUGGGAUGACCACCAGUCAGGGGUUUCCUAGACCUUCGAGGCAUUUAGUGCAGGCCUCUGAAUGACAGGUAAAGUGGGCCGGAAGAUGGCUUGCUUAGUGGCUGUGAAUAAGGCCACAUACCAAUGAACUUGAACCCCAAAGAUGGGCCUGGUGCUGCCAGCCUCCCCUGUCUCUCUGCAGCCCACAGUACUUGGCUGGUGCAGGGUACCAACCACAGGCACAUACAUGUUCCCUCAUCACCAUCCCAGGGUCUCACCAGGCCUACUGCACCCCACACUCCUUAUUUGUCUCUUGCCAUGGUCUCUGUCCACCUCAUUAUGACCCACAUGGAGAGAGGCUGGUUUUAAGGGGCUAAGAGUAGGACGAUACAAUGAAUGGCCCUAAGUAGCCAGAAGGGGACACAGUAUCUUCAUUGCAAUCUCAAAGAGCCAGACAGCAUGUGUGGGUUCAUCAAAGAAGGUCGAAUGAUGUAGCUAGGGUUGUUUGUCACCCUAAAGCCCCAGGGACUCAUCCCAAAGGUCCCCACAGAGUCCGCCACAGCACUACCAAAUCCCUUCCCUGUCACCUCUGUCUAGAUGUCCUGGAGUCACCCUCUGGUGACACCCACCCACCCACUCCACAGAAAAAUGUAGAAGCCCAUCUAUGUUCUGAAAAGAAAGCCUACUGGGUCAGUUUUCUUUUUAGAAAUCUGCCAUUUCAGUAGGAGCAGAGCUGGACUGAAAGAAAGCGGGGUGCUUGAGUUGGGGGCAGCAGAAGAACUUGGGGCUCAGUUAACCCAGAGUUUUCCUCCUUUCUUUGUUUGCUGGGAAGAAACCAAACCCCAGACACACAGUUUGGGAUAUGUUACAUGUCAGCUGUUGUGUUCAGUUCAUCCUGAGGAUUUUAUUUGGGGAUGAGGAGGGGAGGUGGGGGAUUGGAAAAGUGGUGGGAGAGAGAGUGUCCUGCACACAGCCCAGUGUGGGUUCAUUCCCACCUUCCACAGUGAACACCGACAGCCAGCUGAGUCGCUCCACUCCGUCUGUGAAGGCUCCACUCUGCGUGGGCAGCAACAGUGCUGGCCCUGUGUCCAGGGCCCGCUCACCAUGUGACUAAGGACUAUUUGUAGUGUUGCCUGUUUGCCAUCCCCAAGGAUGCAGACACAGAGCUGCUGCCGUGCUCCCACAAGUGGUCUUGUAGUGGUCAAUGUCUUCGCAGGCUCCGUAGCAAUCACAGAAGCCUAGAGGCCCCGGGGCAGGCUCCAGCUGGCCCGGCCUCGCCCAACACCUACUCUGUAGCAAUAUCAAGUGCUAUUACACAAUCGAUGGACAACUUACAAUUUUAUUUUUUAUGAUUAUGUUUCUAUAUUGCUGUUAGAU